AUGAUCCGCCCAACGUCCGUUUUUGUCUUCCUGGCUCUUGGUUCUCUCCUCACUUCCACCAUAAAUGGAUUCUGGAUUCCCCAUCCACCGGUACCAGCGGUCCCUGUAGGAAUAGUGCCACGGAAACCAUUUCCACCUCUCGGCAGUUCUCCUGUUAGACCCCCACCGUGUCCUCCUGGUUAUCGACCGGUUCGAGUACCGAAUAAGGUUCAAGUACCAAAUAAUGAAGUGAUAAAAUAUAUAAUCGCUCCAAACCCACUAUUGAAAAUGACCGAAUUAUUGAAUACUAUAACUUGUCUACCUCCACUUACAACUCCAGCAACUCCAACACCACCGCCACCGCCACCAUCAACGGAAAAACCAGUAGAAACUACUGAAAUCAAUUCUGCCAAUUUCAAUUUUAUGUACUUUGGAAUUGAAACAAUGUCCAUCCACGACUACUACACUACAAACUACACAAAAUGCCAGAAAUGCGAUAACUUUCUGUGUACAUGGCAAGGAUUAGCAUUCACUUCGCAUUCGAUUACUGUAGUUGUGCUACCGUUUCAUCUACUCGGUGGUUACUGUAUUCUGUUCAAGACCCCGGUUUAUAUGACUUUUUAUCGAUGGCCACUGUUCAAUUUGCAUUUUUGGUCCAGCCUUGUGGAUAUCCUUCUCUCCGUCCUUAUCACCCCAUAUCUCAUUUUUCCAGCUGUUGCUGGAUUUCCAGUAGGAUUAUUACAUUUCCUAAAUGUCCCCGUUCCCGUACAGAUUUGGUUAGGUAUUAUGAGUAUUUAUGUAAUGAUAAUGUCGAUGACAAUUCUAUUGGAAAAUCGACACAAUUCAAUUCCAUCGAAUCGAUUUCGAAUUUCUCGAAAAUGUACAAAAGUCCUUUAUUAUUCGUUUCGAAUAAUUUUGGCAUUUUUUUAUUCGCUAGCAAUUUUUUUAUUUAUUCCGGAAGAUCAAAAAAUGGCAAUGAUGGAGAUAUUAAAAGAUAUUCCAUGUCCCACAUCGGACUUUUUUAAGGCCGACGAAUUAUUUGUCCUAUGCAUCGAUGAUGACUAUAUCACUUUCCUAGCACUGAUCACAGCUCUAGGAGUACUUCUCGAAAUUUGCCAAAUGCUAUUUUUUAUGUUUUGUUGUUUAUACUACCUAUUUUUAUCAAUUCAUGGAUUUACAUCUAAAAAAACUCGAAAAUUACAAAUUGCAUUUUUCGGGAGUAUCAUCUUACAAGUAUCCAUUCCAGUUAUGUUUCUAAUACCUUCUUUUGUUUUUAUGGUCUUUUCAGUGGUCACUGGGUAUUAUAAUCAAGCUCUAACAAACUUCGCCGUUCUCCAUGCCUCUCUUCAUGGAUUCCUCUCCACCAUCGUCGUUUUAAUUAUCCACAAACCCUAUCGAAAUUUCAUACUUUCAUUUUUUGGAAAAUCCAAAAAUCUAGAAUCACUGAAAAAAUCCACAAUGUGGGAUACAAGACGAAUGAGUGUGUUUCCGACAAAUGUGACAAAUUGA